AAGUCUCUUCUGGAUAAAACACUCUUCAACUCUCCAUCCUCCUCCUGGAGCAGAGCUCAGAGCUCCAUCAUCAAAUUCCUACCAAUGGCUUCCUCACUCGUUUCUUCUUUUCAACCCAGGUCAGCAUUUUUGGGAGAUAGGAAUGUGUUCAAGGUCUCAAGCACCCCAUUUGCUCAAGUGGGUUUCUCCAGUAAGACCAUUGAGUGCAAGGAAUCAAGGAUAGGAAAACAACCAAUCGCUGUACCUUCCAAUGUAACCAUUGCUUUAGAAGGUCAAGACUUGAAAGUGAAAGGUCCACUGGGAGAGUUGGCUUUAACUUACCCACGAGAAGUUGAGCUUACCAAGGAAGAUUCAGGUUUCUUAAGGGUCAAAAAGACCGUCGAAACUAGAAGAGCCAACCAAAUGCACGGCCUUUUCAGGACGCUAACAGAUAACAUGGUUGUGGGAGUAUCAAAGGGAUUUGAGAAGAAACUUAUACUUGUGGGUGUUGGUUACCGUGCAACAGUCGAAGGGAAAGAGUUAGUACUGAAUCUCGGGUUCUCGCACCCGGUUAAGAUGCAGAUACCGGAUAGUCUGAAAGUGAAAGUGGAAGAGAACACAAGAAUCACAGUGAGUGGUUACGACAAGAGUGAAAUCGGGCAGUUUGCUGCGACGGUUAGGAAGUGGAGGCCACCGGAGCCAUACAAGGGUAAAGGAGUCAAGUAUUCGGAUGAGAUUGUUCGGAGGAAGGAAGGAAAAGCUGGAAAGAAGAAGUGAUCUUCAUUUGCAUUGCUAUCUCUCUACUUUCUUGUCUACUUCCAAUGUUAAUGUGUAUUUUGCUCAUAUCUGUUUAGAAAAUGGAGAUGUUUGUUUUGGGAUUCUUCACAAGUUUUAAAGGAACCCAUUAAUUGUUUUUAA